AGGGAAAAUAAUUAAUAUGAAAUUCGUCACGAAAGUGAAAAUUUCUGCGUUUCUUUUCAUAAUUUGCAAGCAGUUGGUGUUAUCGGAUAAUGAAUUUCUCAACAAAUGUCCCGAGUUUAAUCCUCAAAAUGAGCUUGUGGAAUUAGAUUUCAGGCCUGUGGUUUGGUGGCGAACUCAUAACUCACUAUGAGGGGAGAGGUGGAUACAUUCAAGCUAGUGACAUUUGCACAUUUAUUCAAAUUGAAGAAAUUCAUGAGUGGGGUGAUUACAAUUAUGAUUAUGACGACAGAAAUAAUCAUAGAAGCAGACACUUUGAUUAUAAUCCCGACCGCUAUCGUUUUCUUGAACUAACUUGGAGUGAAGCAGACAAAACUGCAAAAUACACGCUAAAGUUUUUAAGCAAGAAACGAGGAUUAUGGAUCGGUACCGAACCACCGAAAGGAAGCAUCCGACGAAACCAUCUUUUGCAUAGCCACUACACUGGAACAAUUCAAGUCAUGAAGGCAGUUGGAAACCAUUUGGUGUUAACAUUCUGUGAGAAAUCUGAACUAUUUACAAUCAUUCUCACAAGAACAAAGAAUUUAAUGCCUAUCGAGGAUGUCGAAUCUAUUCAUGCUUUAUUGGGCAGAAGAGGUCUAGCAGUUCAAUCUGUUCGUGAACUGUGUCGAAAUAAUUCAGCAAUUCGUCUCACGCUUCAUACCGCAGUUGUGUUCACUUUAAUGAUGAUAUUUUUAAUGGGAAAUUAAGAAAUUUCAUUUUCUUCUUCUUUUCUAUUUGCUUAAAUUUAAGAGAAACAAAACAUUCAUUCUUGAGCUUUUCCCAAUUUUAUUGAACUUUUAAACAUGAAUAGUUUUUAUUUCGAUAGAGAUGAUAAUUUAUGUGGAAAGCUUCCGCCAUAAAUAAAUAGCAGACAGAUUGUUGUUAUCAUGUGACCAGCAUAAAUAAUUUAAAAUCUUUUGAAGAUAAAUGUACGUGUGAUUAGAUAUUUAAGAUUUUAUUCAGAUCUCAC